AUGGAGUGGAUCGGUCAAAAAGUCUUUAAGCGUGGAUACUGGAAGAGCAGAGAGGAGAGAUGGAUGGAGGUGGAGAUCCUGGAUGUGGAAGAAGGUGGUCAACUCACCGAUGGGAUUAUUGAAGAUGAAGAUGACGAAGAGGAUGGCCACUCCCAUAGCUGUGUGGUUUCCUUGUCAACAGUUGUUGAUGGGUUCACCUGGGUAGAGGGCACAUGUGAGUGGAGGGUCGAGGGCGUAUUGGAAGUGAAAGUGAUGCGAUGGCUUGAGGGUGAUCAUCAUGAGCAUGAGGAAGAGGAGCAGAGACAAUGUGGUUGUCAUUGGACUGACGACUGUAUGGAUGUCAAUGUCGAUGAUGAAGACGCUGAUGAAUCAUCAGAACAGAGUGAAGAUGAUGAAAAUGAUUCUGAGGAAGUCAAGGAUCUCAAGACUGACAUUCUUGAAGAGCUGGCACUGCAUUUGUUCUGA